AUGUCCCUCUCCCUCUUCCUCCUUCUCCUCUUCUUCCCCCUCUCCCUCUCUCAAACGCCCCCCAAGGGCCUACUCAUCAACUGCGGGGCCCAAUCCGCGGCCCAAUUCGACGGCCGGACAUGGCUCUCCGAUUCGGGCUUCGUCUCUUCGGGCUCGCCCAAAACCCUCACCUCCCCCUUUCUCCUCCCCACUCUGCAAACCCUUCGCUCAUUCCCUCGCCAAGUCAAGAGGCACUGCUACAAUGUUCCCGUCUACCGCGGCGCCAAGUACAUGGUGCGGACCACCUACUUCUACGGUGGAGUCAACGGUGCCGAUCACCCCUCGCCUCCCGUCUUUGACCAGAUCCUCGACGGGACCCUCUGGAGCGUCGUCAACACCACUCGAGAUUACGCCAACGGAAACUCCACCUUCUACGAAGGGGUUUUCUUGGGUCAGGGGAAGAUCAUGAGCUUCUGCAUCGGUUCUAAUACUUACACCGAUUCUGACCCGUUUAUUUCUGCUUUGGAGUUCUUGAUUCUCGGGGAUUCUCUCUACAAUACCACGGAUUUCACCAGCUUUGGCCUUGCUAUGUUUGCGCGGAACAGUUUUGGAUACUCUGGACCACCCAUUCGGUAUCCUGAUGAUCAGUUUGACCGUAUUUGGGAGCCUUUUGGGCAGAGCAAUUCUGCCAAAGCAAGCAGUGACAAUGUUUCUGUUUCGGGUUUUUGGAAUCUUCCACCUGCAAAAAUAUUUGAGACGCACAUAGGAUCUGAACAAUUGGAGUCCUUGGAACUGAGAUGGCCUACAGCGCUACUUCCAAGCUCUAAAUACUACAUCGCUCUAUACUUUGCUGACAACACAGAUGGAUCAAGAAUUUUUAACAUAAGCUUAAAUGGUAUAACUUAUUACCAUAAUUUAAUUGUGAUUCCAUCAGGCGUUGUUGUAUUUGCCAGCCAGUGGCCUCUUUCUGGUCCUACAACAAUAACUUUGACCCCUGCUGCAAGUUCAUCCUCGGGCCCCCUAAUCAAUGCUGGUGAAAUUUUUUAUCUGCUGCCACUUAAAGGACGAACUUUAACUCGAGAUGUUAUUGCUUUGGAAAAAGUAAAAGAGAGCCUCCGGAAUCCUCCACUGGAUUGGAAUGGUGAUCCUUGUAUGCCUCAGCAGUACUCAUGGACUGGCAUCACAUGUUCUGAAGGACCACGUAUCCGUGUUGUGACUUUAAACUUGACGAGUAUGGUUCUUUCUGGAUCUUUAUCACCCUUUGUUGCCAAUAUGACAGCCCUGACUAACAUCUGGCUUGGGAAUAAUAGUUUAACGGGGCAGAUUCCUAACCUCAGCUCACUAAAGAUGUUAGAGACAUUGCACUUGGAAGACAAUCAAUUCAGUGGAGAAAUUCCUUCAUCCUUAGGGGACAUCAACAGCUUGCAAGAAGUAUUUUUACAAAACAACAAUUUGACUGGUCAAAUUCCAGCAAAUCUCAUAGGAAAACCAGGACUGAAUGUCAGAACUUCUGGAAAUAAUUUCUUGUCCCCUCCGGCACCUUGA